CGGAUCUCGGAGAGAAGCUGGAAUUCCCAGCACCUGCUGCGUCACGUACGUAGCCAAUCUAGAGGAACUCUACGUAAGUUACGUAGAUUCGGAGUACGUGCCAAGGUGCCUGAACCGGGUCGCUGCCUCAUUGCGCUCCGAGCUGACGAGUUAAAUCCGAGGAACGGCUUCAAUAAGCGGCUUUAGGGCUGCAACGAGCCCCGCUGCUAGCAGCUUUAGCUGGAGACACCGGGCUGGAUAGCGGCUAGACCCGGUGACCUUCACGGACUGACGGCUGCUCCUGGACCGACCAUGUCCCCUCAUUAACAGCAGCUCCAGAACCCUCGGCUCGGCUCGGCUCGGUUCGGUUCGCCAUAAUCCGGCUUUCAGGUCCUGGUUCCCGCCCCGCUCGGAGGAAUGGCUCGCUGCCCGGUGGUGAACCUGCUGCGGUUCGGGAACCGGGUGGCCAGGAGCGGCUUCCUGCGGCCUUUGCACGCCGCAGCAGGUUGCUCCUCCACGGAACCAAGAACUGGGUUCAAACCGGACAGGGUUGCCGUGGUUACCAAAACCACCCGGUAUGAGUUCGAGCAGCAGCGGUACCGGUACGCGGGACUGUCUGAGGAGGACCUGAAGCAGCUGCUAGCCAUGAAGGGCUCCAGCUACAGCGGCCUGCUGGAGCGCCACAACAUCCACACCAGCAACGUGGAGCACAUCGUCCAGAGCCUGCAGAGCGCCGGCAUGGAGGUGCGGGUGGUGAGGAGAGGGGAGUACGAUGAGGAAGUGGUCCGGUGGGCCGACGCCAUAGUCUCUGCUGGAGGUGAUGGGACGAUGCUGCUGGUGGCCAGUAAAGUUCUGAACAAGGACAAACCGGUCGUUGGGGUGAACACGGACCCAGAGAGGUCAGAAGGUCACCUGUGUCUGCCGGUGCGCUACACCCACGCCUUCCCAGAGGCCCUGGAGCGGCUCUGCCGUGGUGAGUUCAGGUGGUUGUGGCGCCAGCGGCUCCGGCUUCACCUGGAGGGAACCGGGAUCAACCCGACCCCAGUGGACCUGCAUGAGCAGCAGCUGAGCCUGGAGCAACACAACCGGGCCCACCGGAUCAGCACCGUGGAGCGGCAGCAGAGAGCGGGAGCGCUGCACCCGGCCUAUUCAAAGCCCAGCCUGCUGCCGGUGCGGAGCCUGAACGAGAUCUUCAUCGGGGAGUCUCUGUCCUCCAGGGCCCAGCUAAAAGUCUUCACUCCCCGUCUCUUCCUCCAUAGGGCGUCUUACUACGAGAUCUCUGUGGACGGCGGGCCCUGGGAGAAGCAGAAGAGCUCCGGGCUCAGCGUGUGCACCGGAACCGGGUCCAAGGCCUGGUCCUUUAACAUCAACAAACUGGCUGAACAGUCUGUGGAGGAGGUUCUAAGAAUCGGAAUGUCUCAGGCCGGAGUUGAUCUCCCGCUCAGCAGGGAGUUGGUAGGGAAAGUAACCGAUGACUACAACGCGUCCUUGGUGUUCGCCCCAGACGAGCCCCGCCUCUUCUACAGUGUCAGGGAGCCAAUCAGCAACCACGUGUUCUCCAGCAGCCGGCAGAGAGGCUUCGCCAGCAGGGUGUGCGUCCGCUCGCGGUGCUGGGACGCCUGCAUGGUGGUGGACGGCGGGACGUCCUUCGAGUUCAACGAUGGCGCCAUCGCCACGGUAACCGUGAGCGAGGAGGACCGGCUCCGGACCGUCCUGCUGGACCAGUGAGGCGGGUCGGCGACCACGGGCCUGUUGCCAUGGAGACGGGAUCAGGGUCUGACUCACUAAGCCCAUAAUGAAGUUCUGAUCCAGAGCAGAGUGGAGCUGCUGUACCAUGUGACCAGCUCUGCUCUGAUUGGCUCAAACCAAACGUCCAAUCAGAGGACAAAGAUCUAAAACCCAUAAACACACUGGACCAGUUUACCCAGUAACUGACACAGACAUCCCAUAAUAAACCUGUUUUAUCUGCACAGCAGCGCCGCUGCCUCACAGAAUCUGCCUCUGGUUAUUUAACCCGACCCGUCAGAACCGGACCGGAACCGGGGAAGCAGCCAAAGGAGAACCGCUGGGCUAAACCGGAUGAGUUUUCACACCCAGAACAUUCUGAUCAGGCCCAAAACUUUAAAACCAAAGUUCCUCCUGGAACCUUUUGUUCAUGUUUCUGGUACCGGACCGGUCCAGUCCCUCUCCCAGUCUGGACCUGGAACCAGUAGGUCUGUCCUGAAGGAACCUGGAGAAGCUAUGCUAGCCUGAACUAGCAUCUGAAUGCUAACAUGUAGCAUUUCCAACAGUUUGGAUUGAAAUGUUGCUAAUUUGGUCGACAGUUUUUGAUUAAAAUGCCUGAAACAUUUUAA